AUGGCAGCUGCCAAAUUGAUGCUGGAUCGGACUCAUCCCAGACUGCUCCGGCGCCAGCACGGUGACCACAACACCUAUACUCUUGGGGAAAUGGCUGGUCACAACGUAGUGAUUGCAUGUCUGCCUGAAGGAGUCUAUGGCACCACCUCUGCUGCUGUCGUGGCCCAGCAGAUGCUGAUGAGCUUUACAAACAUCCGGUUCCGUCUGAUGGUGGGCAUCGGUGGGGGAGUCCCCAGCCCAUCGAACGACAUCCGUUUGGGAGACAUCGUGGUUAGCAAACCAACGGAGCAGUACGGCGGCGUGAUUCAAUACGACUACGGGAAAAGCAUGGCCGAUGGGCGCUUUCAUCGCACUGGAUUAUUGAACAAGGCGCCCCAGUCACUUCUAACGGCCAUGGCCAAUCUCGAAUCGGACCAUCACGUUGGGAAGAAUUCAAUACCGGCAAUCAUCUCUAAUGCUCUUCAGAUCAGUCCCGAUGCGCAGAACUUGUUUAGUUCUCCGGGUUCCAUACGAGAUCAGCUAUUUCCGGCCUCCUAUAAUCACCAAGGCGAUCUCCUGGAUUGUACAAACUGUGAUCAAGACCUCAUUCUUCAACGAGCUGCAAGAAAUCCCGAUAUGCCCCGGGUGCACUAUGGCCUGAUUGCCUCUGGGAACCAGGUCAUGAGGGAUGGCGCGAUGCGAGAGCGACUUCGGCAAGAGAUGGGUGUACUGUGUUUCGAGAUGGAGGCAGCAGGGCUGAUGGACCAUUUCCCAUGUCUUGUUGUACGAGGCAUUUGUGAUUACGCAGACUCCCACAAGAACAGCCGCUGGCAAGGAUUUGCAGCCAUGACUGCUGCCGCAUAUACCAAGCAACUACUCUCGGUGAUCCCGGUGAUGGAGGCCAGUGUGACUUCUUCUACCCAAGGAUCUCAAAUCACCGCUAACGCUGGCAUGACAGAAGCUUUCCAUGUCCCUUUCGAACUCGGGAGUGUACCUGUGGUGAACAAGUUUAUUGGCCGCGCAACAGAGCUGGAGUAUAUGUGGGACAUGCUUCAACCCAACGCCUCGAAGCUGCGUAAGGUUGUAGUCCUUCACGGCAUGGGUGGUAUGGGCAAGACACAGUUGGCCAUUCAUUUUGCGCGAUUACACAAAGAUGCAUUUACUGCUGUAUUCUGGGUCAACGGGGAGGACGAAAAUACUCUGAUUGCCUCGCUGGCAGGCCUCGCUCCACGGCUUCGAGACGGCCCAGACAAGCGGGAUACCGGCCAUGGCGUACGGAGCAAGGAAGAGCUGAGGCAGAGCGCGCUACAGGUCCUCAAAUGGUUGUCCCAAGGAAAAAACUGUAAUUGGCUGUUGAUCUAUGACAAUGUGGAUCAGUACGCGCCUGGUUGGAGUGACAAAGAACCGCAAGGAGCAUACGAUAUCAAUGACUACUUCCCAUCGGCCGACCAAGGAUCGAUUGUCAUCACCACACGACUACAGCAGCUGAUAGAGGUUGCCACAUCUUCAUAUUCGUUGGAACGAUUGGAUUUUCAUGACGGGUUGGAACUCCUGAGGAGCCAUUCUUGCCACAGCAGCAGCCAGACCUCUGCCAGUACCAUGCUUGAUUCUGGACUCGAAAAGUUGGCAUAUCGCCUCGACGGCCUCCCUCUCGCAAUUGUACUUGCUGGCUCAUAUAUCGGCCGCACAGGAAUGAGCUAUGAGAAGUAUCUGAAUCAUUACGACCAAGCGUGGUGUGACCUCCAAGCAGUAGCGCCACGUCAUCGCGAAUAUUCCAAUGGCAAUAUGCUUACCGUGUGGAACAUCUCCUACAAUGAGAUUAAGAACCGUUCUCCAGACGCUGCCAGACUGCUCUAUCUUUUUUCGUUUUUUUCCCAAGGAGAUAUCUGGUAUGAACUAGUUCACGGUGGCCUCAGGGUACACGCGCCACCACUGUGGUUCUCUGGUGUAGCCGCUUCUGAAAUCCAGUUUUCCAAGGCUGUCGAAGUACUUCUGGCUCUCUCUCUACUGCAGCAACAGUCAAAUACCGGCGGUUACUCUUUGCACCCGGUAGUUCAGAAUUGGUGCCAACAUGAGCUUCCGAAGAUCGAUACCGAAUUGAAGGGGACAGAGGAAGACAAUUGGGCCAUUGCUGCAGUUGCUAUAGGCUAUAGUGUGCCAAAAUCACCCGAGAAUACGGAUUCUUGGAAUCUGCAACGCCGUCUUCUCCCCCACGCAAAUCGAAUUCGCCAGUCCCUCAGCCUUGAGUCAGGAUCCUUACAGAACCGGGAACUACUUGCUGCGCUCCACAAUCUUGGGCGUCUCUUCUGGUCCGAAGGAAGGCUCAAGGCAGCCGAAGAGGUUUAUCAGCUGGCACUUAUCCAACGUGAAAAGCUCCUUGGGCGGGAUGAUAUCUCCACUCUUGAUACCGUGCAUAAUAUUGGAAUCCUGUAUCACGACCAGAGCAGACUCGACGAGGCUGGGAUCAUGCUCCAGCGAGCACUCGAGGGGUGUCUGAAACUACUGGGCCCCCAUCACCCCUCUACUCUGAGCACUGUCCACAGUCUUGGGGAUCUCUUCAAGGAUCAGCAACAAUGGAUGGAGGCUGAGAAGAUGUACCAGCAUGCACUGAUUGGCUAUCAAGAGACUUCUGGUCUCAACAGCAACAGCAUACUUGCUGUCGUAAACAACCUCGGAAGUCUUUACUGGAGCCAGAGAAGGCUAGAUGAGGCUACAGAUAUGUUCCAGCAGGCGUAUCAUGGGUGGAAACAGACCCUUGGCUUGGACCAUCCUUCUACUCUUGGGGCUAUCAAUAACCUCGGUGCUGUCUACCAACACCAGGGCAAGUUCAGGCAGGCUGAGCACAUGUUUCAGCAAGCUCUGGCGGGGUAUGAAAAGGUUUUAAGUCUGCAUCAUCACUCAACUCUGGGUGCUGUUCAUAAUCUUGCCCGUCUCUACAGGACCCAGGGAAGAUUGAAGGAGGCCGGGGAAAUGUACCAUCGUGCUGUGGUUACAUGUGAACAAGCACUUGGGCCAAAUCAUUCAUCCACUCUAGGCUUUCUCCAGAAUCUUGCCACUGUGACAUAUCAGCAAGGAAAUCUGGAAGAAGCCGAGGCAAUGUUUUGGAAGCUACUGGAUACCCAACAGAGCCCUAUCCCAGAUCUCGCUUUCACGCUAUCUGUUCUCAAUAGCCUUGGCAGUCUCUAUAAAGAUCAAGGAAAACUGGCGGAGGCUGAGGAGAUAUUUCGAUAUAUAUAUCACAGCAAGGCACAGACCCAUGGCUUGGAUCAUUUCCAUACAAUGGGUGCCAUUAAUAACCUUGGAGCAGUCUACCAGGACCAGAGACGGUUAGCAGAGGCCGAGAACUUGUUUCGCCAGGCCUAUGAGGGGUUUGCAAAGCUGCUAGGAGACCAUCCGUCUACCUUUGGUGCUCUUCGAAACCUUGGAUCAGUCUAUCGGGACCAGGGUAGAUUUGAGGAGGCCCAGGAGAUUCUCCAGCAAGCAGUUGCUGGCUUUGAGAAGGCUCUGGGUCCAGAUAAUACAUAUACCCAAGCCGCCGCCGCCGAGCUCCUAAAGCUCUCCUCUGACCAGGACGAGCUAAAGAAGAACGACACUGCGCAUGAACUGCAUGGUAAGGAUAGCGAGCUGCAGGAUUGA